CAUCUCUUGUUGAGCAGAAAGUGAGACGACAUGGACCUGACAGCUUCCUCCAUCUCUCUGAUGAUGAAUGUGCUGGUGCUGAUGUUGACUGUUCACUACGGCCUUUCACAAACAUCAGAGCGUACUUUCCCUCGUAUUGUCCCGUCCCAACUGCAGUUCAUUUACUACACCAGUGUCACUGUGACCUGUGAGGGAUUUUUCAACAACCUGAUCAAAUGGAGGGUGCUGCGGAGAAAAGGGAAAGGAAACCUAGAAACUGCUUGUAACAAAGAAAUUUCAACUUCUGGAAUGUGCCACAUUCCAAUGGUGUACCCGGCAGAUUCUGGAGAAUACUGGUGUGAGAGCGAGGACAGAAGGAGAAGUGAGAGCGUCCAGAUCACAGUCUCAGAGAAUGUAAUCCUGGAGAGUCCAGUUCUUCCGGUGAUGGUUGGAGAUAAUGUUACUCUUCGUUGCAUCACAAACACAAACCUGGAACCCUCCACAAAGUUUGACUUCUACAAAGAUGGCGUCCGUGUGGACACAAGUUCAUCUGGAGAGUUGACCCUCUACAACAUCUCACUGUCCGAUCAGGGGCUCUAUAAAUGUAACAUAUCUGAAAAUGAGUUUUCAACAGAAAACUGGCUCCAAGUUAAAGCUGUGCUCUUGGAGUGUCCUGAUCAGCCUGUGAUGGAGGGAGAGAAAGUGACUCUGUUCUGUAGAGACAAAAUGGCUGCUGCAAACUACACGUCCUUUUUCUACAAAGACGAUGAAAUGAUCGGGAACAGUUCCUCUGGAAAGUUGACUCUGAACAGGGUUUCCAAAAUGGACGAAGGAGUUUACAAGUGCCAAACCUCAGAGGACAGAGAGUCUGAGGAGCAGUGGUUGGCUGUGAGAGGGAGCACGGAGCAGGGCGCACGCCAGAGCCCAGGGAUGCGCCGAGAGGAGCAGAGACGGGAACAGGGAACCGCCAAGACCGGGACGAAGACAGCACCGGGAACAGAACCAGAGGAAGCCGAGCCGGGACGGACUGGAGAGCGGGAGCCAGAACAGGAGACGUGGAGCAGACAAGGUCCAGGACGAGACAAGGAGGUGAAGGUAGGAGUUGACUGUACCGGAGCCGGAGCGCGGAGUCGGGAGCAGAACCAGAGAUCCGGAGCUGGGGGGGUCAGGAGAACCGGAACCUGGGAGGCAGCAAACUCCAAGCAUACUUUGCCUCGUAUUGUCCCGUCCCGACUGCAGUUCUUUUACUACACCAGUCUCACUGUGACCUGUGAGGGAUUUUUCAAUGACCUGAUCAAAUGGAGGGUGGUGCGGAGAAAAGGGAAAGGAAACCAAAAAACUACUUGUAACAAAGAAUCUUCAACUUCUGGAACCUGCCACAUUGAAAUGCUGUUUCCAUCCGAUGCUGGAGAAUACUGGUGUGAGAGCGAGGACAGAAAGAGAAGUGAGAGCGUCCGGAUCACAGUCUCAGAGAAUGUAAUCUUGGAGAGUCCAGUUCGUCCGGUGAUGGUUGGAGAUAAUGUUACUCUUCGUUGCCUUAAAAACCCAAACCUAAAACCCUCCACAAAGUUUGACUUCUACAAAGAUGGCGUCCGUGUGGACACAAGUUCAUCUGGAGAGUUGACCCUCUACAACAUCUCACUCUGUGCUCUUGGAGUGUCCUGA